AAUAAAACCAUGUAAAUGUAUUUUCUUCUCAAUUAUAUUAUAUAUUAUAUAUUCCUGCUGUCAAUCACAGUUCUGUAACAAAUUUAUUCACCCUAUUCUCUUCAGUGCAAGUGGAAAGUGUUCCCAUGUUUUGGCACUUGUCCUGAUACUGGAAGGCUGGAAGAUAUCAGGCUAUCAAGCCAUUCCUUCACAGCCCUCUUCCACUAGCCUGCCUCAGCAGUGGGAUAAACCAAGGGGACCAAAGAUUGAAUCCGAAGCAGUGUCACAGAUAAUUAUUGCCAGGCCUGGAAAUCUUAAUAGGAAAAGGAGACCUGUGAUGGCCACAUUCAAUGACAACAGGAAAGUUCAAAUACAGGAGUCGGACAUGUCUCUGGUGCACAGUAUGAAGAGAUUCCCUAUUUCAUACCUGACAGAUACAUGUACCAGCACCAGUCAGACAGUUGACACACCAAUAGGUCCUCAGGUUGUUGGAUCAACUCUUGGACAUCGAGCACCCUUAAUUAGACCAAUAGUGGUUCCAAAGAUGGAGGACAGGUGCGGAGAUGUCACAUUUCCAAAAGAUGACAACUUACCCGAACUGGAUUCAAUUGCAACUUUAAAACAUCAGUGGAAAGAUUUAGAACUUUCAGUUGACGAGUUUCAUAAUUUAGAAAAAAAUACAAGAUCUCAAAGCAAGUCUGAUUUGUGGUACAAAACGAGGAAAGGGCGAAUUACUGCUUCAAACUUUGGUCUGCUUAUGACUCGCAAAAAACAAAUCAAUGACACAUUUGUCAGAAAUACCUUUGACAAAAAGAAAUUUUCCUCCAAUCCAACAACUUAUGGGAAUUCUAAUGAGAAAAUAGCUAAACAAAUGUACAUGAAAAACCUCAAAAUCAUCUUCAUGACAUUGGCUUUGUUGUAA